AUUCUCAAUCUCUGAAUUAUUUAAAAAAAAAUCCUUGGUGCAUUUAUUUUCUUUUCAAGUUCCACCAUAAAAAAUUUCAAAAAUAAAUAAUAAUAUAAUAAUAUUGGGGUAGAGCACUACUAUAUAAUAUAAGAUGACUCAUCUCAAUUAAUACACAAACUCAUUUUCUUCUUGUGUAGUGUUUGGUUUGAUAAUUAAUAAUAAUGGGAACGAAGCUUCCAGCUCCGGCACCGAGCUUUACUCCGGUGGCUCAUCCGGUGAGAGUGGUGGGGUCAGAAUUCAUGGCGCCGUAUCCGGUGGAGUUGGUGAUGACGGAGAAGAGCUUGACUCUGAGAGAAGGUACUUUUACGGUAACAGACACUCAAGAGAAUCUCAUCUUUAAAGUCAAAGGCUCCAUUUUCAGCCUCCAUGAUCGUCGGACUCUCCUUGAUGCCACUGAAAAGCCCAUACUCUCCCUAGCCCAAAAGAUAAUGACAAUGCACAAGAGAUGGCAUGUAUACAAAGGAGAAAGCUCAGAUGCAAAAGACUUACUUUUCACAGCCAAAAAGUCUUCAAUCAUUCAAUUCAAUACAGAUUUAGAAGUGUUCUUAGGUGGAAAUACAAAGCAAGAAAUUCCUGAUUUUAAGGUCAAAGGGAGUUGGUUUCAAAGAUCAUGCAAGAUAACUCUUGGAGAUGAAUCUGCUGUUAUUGCACAAAUGCAUGAAAAAGAUAGUGCAGCAAGUUUAUUUCUUGGAAAAGAAGCAUUUAGAGUGACUGUGUUCCCUAAUGUGGAUUAUGCCUUUGUUGUUGCAUUGAUUGUGAUUCUCCGUGAGAUUAAUGCCGAUCGAACUGGAACUGACUGAUCACUCAUCACUCUCUUCUAUUUAUUAUAUAUAAUUAAGAUUAGUAUGAAUGAUGAUGAUGAUAAUAAUAAUGAUGUUUAUUUGUAUAAUAUUUCUAGUUAAUCUCCAUGUAAUAGUAUCAAUAACAUUGAAGCUCCUUCCUAUCCUAUGUAUGGGGUUUCAUAAUAAUAAUAAUUAAGAAGUUGAUUCUACUA